UCCUCGAGGUUUCGCCAUUCUGAAAGCUGCCGAGGACUCCGAAUAUGCACCUGUCGGAUGAUGAGCCCUCGCCAGAUCGCAAGGAAUCUGAUUCGACGACAGCUGCCGACGAUGAUGAUGCCUUUGACCUCGAUGACCUAUUACCGGUCGUGGGAGAAUUCGGUCGCUAUCAAAAGCAGUUGCUUUGGCUGGUCUGCCUGCCAGCAUGUUUGCCCUGUGGCUUUUGUGCAUUUAAUCAACUUUUUAUGGCGAACACGCCUCCCCAUUGGUGCAAAGUUCCAGGACUCGAGGGGCUGGAUCCAGUAAAGCGAAGACGUCUCGCAAUCCCCACCAACCAGGAUGACAAUGAAACAUAUAGUCAAUGCACAAGGUACGAUAUCAAUUGGACUGAUCCAGCAAUCAAAGCAAUGGACCUGCUAACUCCUAAUACUUCAUGGCCGGUUGUACCAUGUGAUCAUGGCUGGGAAUAUGACAUGUCAGAAGUUUUAUCUUCAAUUGUCGUCGAUUUUGACCUGGUUUGCGACAAAGCAAUCUACCCAACACUUGGAUUGGUUGCCCUCAAUACUGGAGGCCCGAUUGGAGUUUACCUUUUUGGAACAUUAAACGAUAGAAUAGGACGAAGACUCUCGUUUUUCUCCUGCUUGGCCACCUUGAUAGCUGGUGGUAUGCUAACAUCGAUAUCAAACAGCUUCUGGACCUGGGCAGCUUGUCGAAUGGUAGUAGGACUCACAAUCCCAGCGAUUUAUCAAAUCCCGUUCAUAAUUUCAUUAGAAUUAGUUGGACCAAAUUAUCGAUCCUUCGUCACCGUCUUGACUUGUUCCUUCUACACUAUGGGUUUAUGUAUGUUAGCUGGUGUAACUUACUUGGUGCGAGAUUGGAGAACAUUGGCAAUUGUUACGAGUGCACCAUUUCUUAUGUACUUCUUUUAUUGGUGGUUUCUUCCAGAAUCACCAAGGUGGCUUUUAGCGAAAGGGCGUCUCAGUGAAGCAAACGAAAUCCUGAAAACUCUGGCAAAAGUAAACGGAAAAGAACUUCCGGAAUCGUUUACUCAAAGGCUGCGUCAAAGGAUGACGAUGAAGAGGACGAAAAGCGAAGAAGAAAGACUCCGGACUGGGCCUGGAGUCCUGUCGCUUUUUAAAACUCCUAAUAUGCGACUGAAGACGUGUCUAAUAACUCUCAAUUGGUUUGCCAAUAAUAUGGUAUACGUUGGGUUAUCAUAUUAUGGACCAGCCCUUGGCAAUGAAGAGCACCUCAGCUUCUUCUUUUCUUCUCUGGCUGAAAUUCCUAGCUACUUUGCUUGUCUGAUAGUCAUGGAUCGAUGGGGUCGCAGAUGGCCUCUUUGUUUCUGCAUGGUAACCGCUGGAAUAUCUUGCGUGGGAACUGUCCUGUUAUCUUCUGAUGCUGUCGUAGCGACCUUGGUCCUUUUUCUCAUAUCGAAAUCUGCGAUAUCAGCCUCUUUUCUCAUCAUUUAUCCAUUCGCGGGUGAACUUUACCCUACUCAGGUUCGAGGAGUCGCCAUCGGAUUUUCUGCCUACAUCAGUGGUCUUGGACUCAUUAUUAUUCCCUUCAUCACAUAUCUGGGCAGGGACAAUUUAGUUUUGCCCUUAGUAAUCUUGGGUGCAGUCUCAGUUAUCGGUGGACUCUCAGGCUUAAGGUUACCCGAAACGUUGCAUCACAGACUGCCCCAAACUGUGGAAGAGGGAGAGCUUUUCGGAAAAGAUUGGACAUGUGCAGACUGUCUUCGUUGCACUCCAAUCAGACCACCAUCAACAACUACUUCAUACGAAGAUCUCUCUGGCUGUGAAGCUGUGGAACUGGACGAAGUUCCAGAAUUGCCAAAAAUGGAAGAACAACGUCCAUCAGCUGGUGUUCGGCGUUUAGCUCGCCAGACGAGUAUGAUGGAAACUCAAAAAGAUUCGGACGGUGCGAUGAAAAUGACUUAUUGGUUUUAGGAGAACCGUGUUAAAAUGGGACCAAAACAAAAAUGUUCUCGCUUCUUUCUUUCUCAUGAUAUCUACUGACUGAGCAAACUGAGAAAUAACCGAGAAUUACAUAAUAAGUUUUAGGAAAUGUAAAUUUUGAAAGGUUUCAAGAGAAUAAAGAAAAUUUUCAUAAGA